ACAUUGUUGUCAUGGCAACGCGAGGUCGGAAUUGUGCGAGGAGGCGGAGCCUGAAUCACGUGAUCUGAUCCGGGGUGGGGCUUUCGUCGAGGGGGCGGGACCGGGAUCAGGACCCGUGCUGGGAGGGGGCUAGCCCGGUGGAAGGCCCGGUGGAAGGCCGUAGCUUGGCCCGCCCCCUGAGGAGGUGGGCUCGGUGUCACGUGACCUGGGCCCUACGGGAGGGGGCGCGGUCGGGGGCCCGGCCGGCCGGUUAGGGAGCUCCGAGGGGUGCGCGCCGGGUUCCCAGGUCCGGAUCCAGCCCCGCUGGACUGCGAGAGAACCUGAGGCCCGAGCGGGUGAGUGCGAGAUUGGGAGCGCGCAGCACGUCGUACACCCUUUUUGUCCAGAGGGGAAACUAAGGCCUGGCGAGGUCAGGGGACCAGUACGUUCUGCAAGGGUCUGGUUCUCCCAAGUCCUCCCCGGUCGCCGGCGGCCGCUUCAUCCCUCCCUCCAUCCCUCCAUCCCUCCAUCUAUCCACCCAGAUAGCCGGCCAGCCAGCCAUUCAUCCGCCCGACCCCACCUUGCCCUGAGUGGCUGCUGUGGUCAAGGUGGGAAGAGGGUCAAGUUGCGGGGCUCCACGGGCUUCCCCUGCAAAGUGGGGAGAGGUGGGAUGGCUGCCAUGACUGGGGAAGAGCGAGGAGCUCACCUUUCUGAGAGCUGAGAAAGAUUCAUAGACGGUAAUGGUGGAAGAUGAGAUUGGACCGGUGAGCCUGGGCCAGACCCGCGAGGCACUGAGGUGAGGAGCUUGGUCUCCAUGGGGGGGGGGGGGGGGGGCAGUGGCGAACCCUAACACGGUUUGGAGCAGGAAGGGGGAACAUCAGAUUUCUUUGGAAGAUCCCUUUGGCUGCCCGAAAAGCAUAGGGUGGAAGGAAGGGAGUAGGAGGGUAGGGGAGGCAGGGGGGAGGCAGCUGGAACUUUGCAAUAGGGGGCAAAGGACUGAGACCUAAUCUAGAGACCUCAAGACAACCCAACCCCACCAUCUCUCAGUUCUGGAAGUCUCCCUCUCCUCUUUGUCCUACUGAGUUCAGAGGACAGAAACCCCAAGAUGUGAUGGGCCUGUGCCUUUCUCAGGGAAGAUUCAUGAAUGCCCCCGCCCCCCGCCAAUGUUAAGCAUUUGGCCCAUUUCUCUCUUUCACCUUCUCCCUGGAACAAGUAAAUCCACUCCCACAGCUCAAGUCACAUCGUAGUCCCGCUGAUACUGCUCCUGUGUCUCCUACUGAGCCCCAAGAUUCCUUCUGGGUGUCUCCGGACGGAGCCGUCUUUCUGUACCCCCUGCCCCCUGCCCCUAACUCUUCCCUCCAAUGUUCCUCGUAUCACUCCGGGCCUCAGGGUCAGUCUGGUAUCUGCUGAGCACCUACAGCAUGGCUGGCACCAUUUGGGGCCCCGAGGACCUGACAGUGAACCAAGCAGCUCCAGGUUUCCAUUUCCUUCUCCCCUCCUGGAGCUGACAGUCUGGGAGAAGAGAGGGAUAGUGAACAUGUAACAACUCAUCAGGAUAAUUUCAGGUCAUGUCAAGAAGUUGUAGACCGAGGCCAGGGAGGGACAGGGACCAGGCGUCGCUUUAGAGAAGGAGACCAGGGAAUUUCCCUUGGAGAAGGUCCGUUUGGUGCUGGCUUCAAGAAGUGAGAGAGCAACGCAUUAGGUUCUAUUUGGGAAGAGCAUUCCCGACAGAGGCAACAGACAAUGCAAAGGCCCUGAGGCUGGCUGGAGACUGGCUGGUUCUGAGAAACCGUGAAGAGGCUGGGCGUGGCAAACAGCGGAGUGGGCCGGAAGGCCUGGUCCCCCCUGCAAGGCCCUUUUGACCAUCAAGGAGCCUGGCUUUUGUCCUCAAUGAAACGGGGAGGCAAGAUGUAAUUUGGCUGCCUGGCGGAGGGAGAAAACCCUGAAGAGACCCAGGGAAAGCUGUGUGGUGCCCUGGACCAGGUGGUGGCUGCGAGAUGGAGGAGAGAGGGCAGGGCCCGGAGCAUCUUCAUCAAACAAGGGCCUCGUUGGGGGAAUGGGGAUGGCUGUGGGCCAUGUCCCUGCCCGCCGUCCUCUCUCCCGCUGCAGAACCUACAGACCCAGGGUGGGCCAUGAAGGUUCUGCUUCUCACUGGGCUGGGGGCCCUGUUCUUCUCCUACUACUGGGAUGACAACUUCGACCCUGCUAGCCUCCAGGGAGCCCGAGUGCUGCUGACCGGGGCCAGUGCUGGCGUUGGGGAGGAGCUGGCUUAUCACUAUGCCCGCCUGGGCUCCCACCUGGUGCUCACGGCCCACACCGAGGCCCUCCUGCAGAAGGUGGUGGGGAACUGCCGGAAGCUGGGUGCUCCCAAGGUCUUCUUCAUCGCUGCGGACAUGGCCUCCCCCGAGGUGCCCGAGCGCGUGGUGCAGUUUGCGCUGGACAAGCUGGGAGGGCUGGACUACCUCGUGCUGAAUCACCUCGGCGCCACCCCGGCAGGCACGCGGCCCCGGAGCGUCCAGGCGACCCGCUGGCUCCUGCAGGUGAACUUCCUGAGUUACGUGCAGCUGACUUCGUUGGCGCUGCCCAGCCUGACGGACAGCAAAGGCUCUCUGGUGGUCGUGUCCUCGCUGCUCGGCCCUGUGCCCACAUCCUUCUCCAGCCCGUACUCGGCGGCCAAGUUCGCGCUGGACGGCUUCUUCGGCUCUCUCCGGCGGGAGCUGGACGUGCAGGACGUGAACGUGGCCAUCACCAUGUGCGUCCUGGGCCUCCGGGAUCGCGCCUCGACCGCCGAGGGAUUCAGGGGCGUCUCGAGGGCCAAGGCGGCCCCAGGGCCCAAGGCAGCCCUGGCGGUGAUCCGUGGCGGCGCCACCCGCGCCCCGGGCGUCUUCUACCCGUGGCGCUUCCACCUGCUCUGUCUGCUGCGGGGAUGGCUGCCGCACCCGAGGGCCUGGUUCAUCCGCCAGGAGCUCAAUGUCUCGGCUGCCGCUGCUGCCUGAGCUCCCGGGGGUGGCCCUCAUCCUUCCAGAGGGGAACCCUCCAUCCAGCCGCCCCGGAGCGGUGACACAAACCGAGACACCUCUGAGCUGGUGGCCGUGGCUCAAGACAGAGUCAUCAAGACAGAAAAGGACAAUCAAGAAAAACUACCAGCCCCUGGAAACAGCCCCAGCUGCGGGUGUGCAAGUGCUAAUGGUGGGCCAGGCAGCCGGUCAGCAACUUGGAAAGCGUUACCUCUGUCUUCUGGGCCACCCUCGGUGACACAGUUGCUACUUCCAUUUUGCAGAUGAGAAAAAUAAGGCUCAGAGAGGUGGCGUGACUUGCCUGGACCCCUGAGACCUGGGAACCCUGUCCAUCUCCCACUUGGAACCAGGGCAUCUCUGAUCUCCUCUUUGCACUCGCUCAGCCUUGGAGCAUCCCCCUACGCUUGCCCCAAGCAGGGGACAGCCUUCAAACUGACCACCUGCCCACGGAGUCUAAGGCAGGGUAGGCGGGAGAGAAUGUGUUCUGGGCUGGACCCAGCCUUCUGUUUCAUAAUAAAACCCUUCUUCCUUUGCUCGUAGGUUA